AUGCUAAUCAGUAUUCUGGAGAUGAAGGAUGGUGCAGUGCAGGUUGCUGGCAAUGAACGAGCUGACACUUUAAAACAGGAAUAUCAGGCAGGUGAAUAUGAGAAAUCCAUCUGUCAAGAGAGAAAAGAUGAGUUGAGGAUCAACAGUAAGCUUGACAGUGACUAUGAAAUCGCAAAGUCAAACAAAGUUAACCAACGAAACCAUGACUUCCAGAAGAUUUUGGAUGUGAGGCAGAAAGUGAGGAAGAUCUCUGAGCACAAACAGCAGCCAGUGCUUGAGAUAAAGGUGAGAGAUUAUGUGGAUGAAGAUGAUUUUCUGAAAGCAGUAGUUGACUUCAAAUUACCAGUGGUUGAGAGUUAUCUUGCCAGGUGUGUGGACCCAAAUGCGUGUGAUAAUUUCAACUGCACAGCUUUCCACACAACAUGCUCCCAGGGGAAUGUGGAGAUCGUGAGGAGGCUGCUGGAAGCUGGGGCUUUAAUUGAAAACAAGGAUAAGGGACAAUUCAAAUCUGAUAAAAAAUAGCUUGCUGUUCACUGGGCCUGCCGUGGAGGAAGCCUGCCUGUUCUCAAGCUGCUCCUCAACCACAAAGACAAGUGUUUGGCUCUCCACACCAAAGACAAGCUCCAGAGUACUCCUUCUCAUGUAGCAGUAAGAACAGGUCAUUGGUCAGCUAUUUGGUUUAAGAUGCACACAGUGCCAUCUACUGACAUUUGGGAGGGUAAAUCACCCAUGGACUACGUUUUGAAAUGGCAGACUGGAGCUAAAACUAUCCUAGACAACUAUAAGCACAAUAAAACUCACAAGACAAGUAAAAAGUAG